AUGUUUGGCACGAGGGCGUCCACGGGCAGCACCCUUCUAUCGCUACUGGCUCUGAUUCACCAGGGCCUGGCGCACCACUGGUUCAACUGGCAGGAGUAUGUCGGUUGCAAGUCUACGGGCUACUUCGUCCCGGAGGACGAGGCCCACCUCGUCGACUGGGUAAAGGAGCAGUACGCCCUGAAGACGCUGCUGAGGCCGGUCGGCAACGGCCACGGCUUCGGGAACCUGACGCUGUGCGUCAACGAGGGGGAGACCGAGCGCGACUCGUACAUACUCAGCCUGAGCAACCUGGACCACCUGCAGGUGAACGACGACAGCACCGUCACCUUCGGUGCCGGUUGGGACCUGAUCGACCUCAUGCCUGCCCUCCAGGAGAGGGGCCUGCAGGUGCAGAACCUGGGCAGCGAGAAGGUGCAGAACUACAUCGGCGCGGCCACGACCGGCACCCACGGAACCGGCAAGGACAACCAGAACAUUGCCAGCCAGAUCGCCGGCCUCCGCGUUCUAGACACCCAGGGCAACAUCCACGCCAUCGACGGCAGCACCCCGGACCUCGUCAACGCCUACAGCAUCGGUAUCGGCGCCAUGGGCAUCGUCGUCGAGGCCACCAUCCGGGUCGAGCCGCUGUCCUUCGUCAAGCGUACGUCCCGGGUCAUCAGGAGCUCCAGCACCAACACGACGGAGCUGUACGAGAGGAUUGCCAGCAUCUCGGACGAGUACGAGCAGGUCACCGUUUUCGGGCCCAGCCUCGACUGGGACGUCGAGAAGCAGGAGCUGGUCCUCAACGCCGACCUGAUCAUCAUGUCCUGGGAGGACACCGACUACAGCGGUUCCCGCAACUGUUCCGAGAACUACUGUGCCAACCUGUGCGGACCGUGCGACCGCGACUUCUUCUGCUACGACUACAAGAACGACGCUACCUCGACCCCUCCCCAGGGCGUGUGCAACCGUCACUUCUACACCGAGUUCGAGCAUUUCCUCCCGAUCGAGCAUCUUGUCGAGGCCGGCACCGAGUAUCUCGAGCACGCCAAGUCGCAGGAGAAGCGCAUGAUUCCCUACCAGAACGAGGACAUCUCCGUGACCAAGGACCCCGGCUUCCUGACCGACGAUGUCACCGUUAUUACCCGCUUCGUCAAGGCCGACGAGAACUGGCUAUCACCCGUCAACUCGGACAACCUGCACAGCUCGGCGAGCGGCAUCUUCUUCACGCUCGAAUACGACUGGAACUCGUGGUACAACAACUAUACGAAGAUGUGGUUCUACGAGGACCUCGCCAGCGAGUUCAUCUCCAAAUUCGGCGAGAAGUACAACGCCCGCCCGCAUUGGAAUAAGAUGAUGUGGCAUAACGAGACGUACACGGAAUUCAUCUACCCCAAGCUGAACCGGUGGUUGGACAUUCAGGAGAAGAUGGACCCCAACUGUCAGCUCGUGAACCCGUUCCUCAUCAAGACUCUGGGCAUCGAUAGGUGUCGCGAUGUCUUUGAUAACUAA